AUGUCUUGGCAAGCUUACACUGAUAACCUACUAGCUACUGGUAAGGUCGACAAGGCCGUUAUUUACUCUAAGGCCGGUGACGCCGUAUGGGCCACUUCCGGUGGCUUGUCUCUACAGGCAAACGAAAUCAGUGAGAUCGUUCAAGGUUUCGACAACCCAACCGGUUUGCAAAGCAACGGUCUACACAUCCAAGGUCAGAAGUUUAUGCUCCUUAGAGCCGACGACAGAAGUAUCUACGGUAGACACGACGCAGAAGGUGUGGUUUGUGUCAGAACUAAGCAAACUGUUCUGAUCGCACAUUACCCUCCAACUGUUCAAGCAGGUGAAGCCACCAAGAUCGUUGAACAAUUAGCGGAUUACUUGAUCAGCGUCCAAUACUAA